AAACUGUGCGACGUGUCAUCGAUCUAGCCGGCAAACUCUUCAAAACCAUCGGAUUACACGCCACGCCACAGGGGUCUUUCUUGUACAAAGAUGGAAGGAAGGAAAGAAGGGAUUUCUUUCUACCUUUCAAUAAGGUCAAAGCACCACAGAGAGAAAAGGAAUCCCUUUCCAAAUUCCAAAAAACUCUUUAGAAAUGAAGUUUGGAGACACGUUCAUGCAGUAUUUGCAAGGAGAUCAAACAGGGAAUUUGGUUAAAUGUGCUCAUGUUGAGUACAGAAGACUCAAAAAAGUCUUAAAAAAUUGCAGAAGCCAAGGUUCCGCAUCCGCUUCUUGCAAAAACGAGCAGCAAAAGGACGAAGGAAAUAAUGAAUUGAGUUCCGGGUUGUCUCAAUUCUGCCAUUGUGAAUCUUGCCCUUUGUGCGAUCAAAUUUUCUUUUCAGAAUUGAUGAGGGAAGCUUCACAUAUAGCUGGAUGCUUUAGUUCUAGAGUUAGACAUCUCCUCCAUCUUCAUGUUGCCAGGGGAAUACAAAGAUACAAACUGCGUCUACGUCAAUGUUUCAAAAAUGAUCAGCAGACCAUGGCUGAAGAAGGGCGUAUGCUGAUUGAAUAUGUUACCAUGAAUGCAAUUGCUAUUCGUAAAAUUCUAAAGAAAUACGAUAAAGUGCAUUGCUCUGUUAAUGGGAACAAUUUCAAAUCCAAGAUGCAGGCUGAACAUAUAGAGCUUUUGCAAUCGCCUUGGCUGAUAGAGUUGGGAGCCUUUUAUUUGAAUUUUGAUGGAAUAGAUGGAGGAGAGUUUAGUGAGUUUUGCAGUCAGUUUUCCUGUGAUCUCAAUGGUACAGAACCUGUUAUGACACUGACACUUCCAAACUCUACGAAAUUAGAAUACAGUCUGACAUGUGCCAUUUGCUUGGAGACGGUUUUUAAUCCGUAUGCUUUGAGUUGUGGUCAUCUUUUCUGCAAGUUGUGUGCUUGCUCAGCUGCUUUUGUGCUGAUGUUUGAAGGCCUUAAAACUGCAAGUUCAAAUGCAAAGUGCCCCAUCUGUAGAGAGGCCGGGGUAUACACUAAUGCAGUGCACAUGUUGGAACUUGAUCUGCUACUGAAAAGAAGGUGCAAUGAGUACUGGAAGGAGAGGAUGGCUGCUGAACAUGCUGAGGACGUAAAACAAACCAGGGAGUAUUGGGAUUCACGGACCAAAUAUGCCAUUGGGUACUGAUUGGAUCAUAAUAUUUUCAAAGACAAUGCUUGAAUGGAGGGAGAAUUUUGAAGCAGACUUCAAGUGGUUUCAACUUAUAGCUCGCAUUGUUGAGCCCAGAGUUGCUUGAGAUGAAAAUCAUAAUUGUAGCAUUACCGAGUGCAAGCUGUGGAUUUCUUGGUGGUUUCGAGUUCGAUCAAUUCAAGAUCAUUAUUACCUCUGUGCAGUUCCAGAUUACAAAGCCCUUUUCUUCCCUGUUUGGUUGUUCUUGAAGAAAGGAAGGAAAAUCGGCAAAAGAAUCCAGUAGUUUUUGGUAGAAGAGGGUUUUGGUCAGCACCAAGUAAUAUCUAUGUAUUACUUUGAUUUAUUUAUGAAUCUUGAUGUACCACUCCUCAACUCGUUCCAUGUUUCAGUUCGAACAACUUCUCGUUUCGUCGUUUAAA